AUGGCUUCAACAUACAGGCAGUUCCUGGCCUCGCCCAAUUCGUCGCUCCUUGCGGCGAAUGCCAGUCUGCAUUAUAUCACAACAACGACGACUAUUCGAGGCGCCACUGAUAUCAUAAAGCACCUUAACACGCUGCGCAAUCAGAUCAAGAAGGGCGCUGAGGAUUUCCUCGAUGUUAUUGAGGGUCGCAAUGCCACUGCUAUCCAGACCAAGACAACCAUCACCUUUGUGUUGAGCGGAGGGCCGUACCUUCCCGGCCUAGAUGACAACUUUCUCGCUGAUCGCGAGGUCCACCUUCCAAUUAUGCAUAUCGUGGCCUUUGAUGACCAGGGCAAAAUUGCUCAGAUCCGGCAGAGCUGGGACCAAGGCGCGCUUCUAAAGCAAAUCGAGGUUAUUGGCAAGACGGGUCGGAACUGGCCCAUCCGCGAUGGUAGUGAGCAGAUCAAGGCAAUCACUACAUGCCUAUCAGGCGGCUCUCAGGCGACCACCGCAUCCGCCGAACUGCCCCACCGCUCGCGGGGCAACUCGACCAACGCACUUCGUGACCCCUACGCUUCUCUUGAAAUUUUCGGCUCCCGGGAUCCCGCCGCAGAUGCCGCCGCGACAAAGGUCAUUUCGCCUUAUGCGGGCACAAGGCCUCGCGAGCGAUCUUUCAACGAGAUCUUGGGCGACGAACCCUAUGACGAGGAUGACGGAUCCCCAAGCCGGGGCCGUUCGCAGUCGCCAAGCAAGGAGCAAGAAGAGGAGGAGGACGGCCGAGAGCGCUCGCGCUCCCAGACUCAGCACAUUGCUCCCAAGGCUGGCUCGAGCAAGAACUUCCAACCAAGCCGUUUGUUCGAGGUGGACGAGGCAGAGCAGGAUUCGCCCGAUGCCAAGCCCAAGAAUGACCGGUUUUAUCGCCCGAACCCCAAACGAUUCCAGCACUUCGAUUUUGACGGGGAUGACAGCCGGGGCGCGGAGGAGGAUGUGGGAGCUGGCACCCCUGGUGGUGAUAGGAGCAGGUCUAGAUCUAAGCACGACAGCUCUUGGUCCUUUGAUGAUUUUGUAACCCCGCAGAAAUCCGGGCCCGCAAAGGGCCGUCGGGAUGCCCAGCACCACUUUGAAUACAGCGAAGAUGGUGAGGCGGUUAUGGCUGGCUCCGGACAGGCCGCGCUUGGGAACAUUACCAACACCAGCCUGAGGGACCGAAAGAAGACGUUUGAUGCUCAGUUUACCAUGACGGAUGAGCCCGAGGACGAGCUAACUCCCCAGCCACGAAAAGUUAGCGAGGACCGUAAGAAGGCGGUGAAGAUGAUGGAGGCUAACUGGGCUGCGGUGGACGUGCCCCCGCCGCGCCAGAACGAGAACCUGCGCGAAACUGCCCCCGCACCCGGCCGGAAACUUCAGAACAGGGGAAUUGUGAUUGCUGGUGACGGUAUGGGAUCGAGAAAGACUGGCCCUGGCGCUGAUCGGGCUACCGAGAAGAAAAUCCACAUUGGCGGAGAUGGCAUGGGCGGAAAGAAGGGCACUGUCCGCGACUGGCUCCUUCCCGAGGGAGAAUGA